UCAACCUUUAUGGUACAAUAAAAUCAACCAUAUAAAGAGUAGCAAGUUUCGUCAAAUGGCAGUCAUUUUGCGUCUCAAAAUGGGUUUGAUUACGUUACUUUCAGUGUCGGUUGUGCUUUUAGCUGCGCAGCUCUCCAAUGCAGAAUUAGAGCAAAGUGCCGACCUCCGCACCACCUCCAACUUGCCCCAGUCGUGCUCGCAGGAAGCGAGUCGUCACUCGGGCGUCCAGCUGAUCCAUCCCCAGCCCGGCUUCGGCGAACCGUUCGCGGUGUUCUGCGACCAAGCUUACGAAAACGGUGACUGGGUUGUGAUCCAGAAUCGCUAUGCGGGCUCGGUGCACUUUUACCGCGGUUGGGCCGAUUACGAGCGCGGCUUCGGCAACAUGAACGGUGAAUUUUGGCUUGGCCUGCAGAAGAUCCACGAGCUGACCUACUCGCGGCGGUACGUGCUGCACGUGCUGCUGGAGGACUGGGAGGGGAUUCGGGCGGUGGCACGGUACAGUGACUUUCUGAUGACCGGACCGGAGGAGGGCUACGAGCUGCGGUCGCUGGGCAAUUACAGCGGAAACGCUGGAGAUGCGAUGAGUUACAACUUGGGCAUGAAGUUCAGUACCUUCGACAACGAUAACGACCCGGUGACUAGCAAUUGUGCGGUGAAUUUGAAGAGCGCGUGGUGGUUCAGGGCGUGUUCUUUGGGCAACCUGAAUGGAUUGCACAUGGAAGCAUUGAACGUUACGUCCAUGUUCUGGAACACAUUCAGGGAUGAUUUCUACGGACUCAGAACUUCUCGGAUGAUGAUUAAAGCUGUAAACUAGGAGCAACUGAA